GAGAGUUGCUACAAGUUAACACUACUCAUCACCCUGUAGUGGAAACACACACACACCUAACAACCAAGAUGAAAGUUUCGGAGGUCGCUUUGUUAUGAAGUUGCAGUUUUGUGUAACUGUUACCAACGUGUUUGCGGGUUUUUUUUUCUUUUUCAGUUUAAAUUUUUCUCCGUUCCAGUCAGUUGGUCUUGUUAAUUCGGUUAGCUAGCUAGCUAACUACUCAAACUAACUACCUAAAACAAAGUUGACUCUUUUUCUUGCUGUCGUGACGAGUUCAGAAGUGCAUCAUCAGGUAAAUUGCACUUCACAGAAGUAAUUAUUCCGCCGUUAUGAUUCCUGAAUGUCCGUCUCGGACCGUCGAGGCGAGAAACUGCAGCCGGUGGCAUGAAGGCGGUCAGAGCUGCUCCGGGUUACUGUGGGACAUCCACAGUGUGAUCAAGAGAGAGCCGUUUACCGAGCACUACACUCUCCUACCGGGGAAAGAGCUGGGCAGGGGGAAGUUUGCAGUGGUGAAGAAGUGUGUUGAGAAGAGCACCGGUCGAGAAUAUGCUGCCAAGUUCAUGAGGAAGAGGAGGAAGGGCCAGGACUGCAGAGCGGAAAUCAUUCAUGAGAUUGCUGUGCUGGAGCUGGCAUCAUCCUGCAACCGAGUGGUUAACCUGUAUGCAGUCUAUGAGAUGCCCAGUGAGAUGGUGCUUGUUCUUGAGUUCGCUGCUGGUGGAGAGAUCUUCAACCGGUGUGUGGCAGAGAGGGACGAGGCCUUUAAGGAGGAAGAUGUGAAGCGGCUGAUGAGGCAAAUCCUGGAGGGUGUAGCUUUUCUUCAUAAGAACAAUGUGGUUCAUCUGGAUCUGAAGCCACAGAACAUUCUCCUGACUAGUGACAAUCCUCUUGGGGACAUAAAGAUCGUGGACUUUGGCCUCUCAAGGAUGGUGAGCAGUAAUCAAGAAAUCAGAGAGAUCAUGGGCACACCUGAGUAUGUUGCCCCAGAGGUUCUUAAUUAUGAGCCAAUUAGCACAGCCACUGAUAUGUGGAGUAUCGGUGUACUUGCCUACGUGAUGCUGACUGGUAUGUCUCCAUUCCUGGGAGCCGACAAACAGGAGACCUUUCUCAACAUCUCCCAGAUUAACAUCAGCUACACAGAGGAGGAACUGGAGCGGCUGGACAAAGCGGCCAUCCAUUUCAUCAAGUCUUUGCUCAUCAAGAAGCCUGAGGAUCGUGCCACUGCAGAGGAGUGCCUGAAACACAAGUGGCUACAAACACAGGAGACAGACUCUGCAGAGGAGAAGGGGAUGAACACGGCCUCCUCCAUCUCUGAGCCAGUCAACACGGCUGUCUCCACUCAGUGUGGUGAAGAGGACAUUGAGGAGGAAAGCAGACUGACGGAGGAGCUCAUCGUCAUGGCAGCCUACACUCUAGGCCAGUGCAGGCAGUCCUCAGACAAGGAGACCCUGACCCCAGAGCAGAAGGCCAUCUCAAAGCGCUUCAAAUUUGAAGAACCCUUCCCAGGCCUGCAGGAGGUGCCGGGAGAAUUCAUCUACUAAACCCCCUGAUGGCCAAACAGCCACUAAGCUCCAACUAAUGCUGCACUUCUGACAAUUCUUUUUUGUCAUCUUCUCAACUGUUAACCCACUUUGUUAAGCCAAAUUGUAUAUUUGUUGUUGUUUUUUUUUUUUUUUUUUUUUUAAUUUUACUUUUUCCUAGGUUUUUUGACAUUUUAUUUUUAUGGAUUAUAUUAUUAAAGACGAAGCCUUUGUAUGGUACUCUCCUUUGUUGCUCCCUCUUACAUGGUGUUUCCCCCCCGUGUGUAUGCCAUGUUUGUUGAUCUAUGACAAUGUAGGCCAUUACAUCUCUUCCAGACAUUUCCCCCCCCCCCAUUCCUUGUUUUUCCCUGUUUCCUUUUUUCCAUUUCAUGACAUUUUCUUUGCCGUUUUGGUAAACGUACAUUUGUGCUGAGGGAGAGCAGGACUGGUGGAAUUAUAUGUAAAUGAAACUAAUUUUAAGAGUUGUCUGUACUUUUUAAAAAAAGCCAUGUUGCGUCUUCCGUUCUUGUCAGGCCGUUCAUGGGGUAAUAAUCUCUAGAUUUUACAUUUUCCUCCAUGACAGUGUAUAUUAUUGCUUUUUUUUUUUUAAAUGUCCGUUUGUUGUGAAUUGGUCAGUGUAAAGAAUAUAUCUUUUGAACAACAUGUUUGACAGUGAUUGUCCUGAUGUUGUAAAUAAAAGUUCCUCUUUGAAGAA